CACUGCUGAUGGUCUGCGCUGGGAUAAUGGUAGCAUAGAGUGGCCGAUUGCCACUGGCAAGUGAUAAGACUACUAGUGUCCUUGACAGGCGUCUAGCCGAUAGUGGGUCGCGUGCUGUUGGAAAAUUUCCCCCUCACUCCGCGUGGUCCUUCGGAGAGCAUUCCGUAGCGUUGCUUACCAUACCGUCCCCUUGGUUCUCCAUUGACGGCUCAAUCAGUGCGAACACGGUAGUGAGACAUUUACGACAAGGUUUCGCACGCCUUACUGCGGUUACAUCUUUCUGACUUCUUCGCCACUAUAGCCAUUGCAUAUAGACCAUUCUACUCCAUACUUUAGUCGACAUUUCAAGGAACCGUCUUAGUAUAACGAGCGACGCUAAGCUCAAAGGACCCGUGUUAGAAUAUUGAAAUACUAACGGCUCAAAACCUAUAACGAGCUAAGCUAAGCCGAGACGUGUUGCACCGAGCUACAGUAUCCUGCUGCCUGACGCGCUUUUGAGUCGAAUCAAGAGCAGGCUACAGUAUCCUAUUGCCUGACGGACAGGCAGGCAGCGGCGAGUCGGCAGGCAGCGGCGAGUAGGCAGGCAGCGGCGAGCAGGCAGGCAGCGGCGAGCAGGCAGGCAGCGGCGAGUCGGCAGGCAGCGGCGAGCAGGCAGGCAACGGCGAGCAGGCAGGCUACAGUACCCUAUUGCCUGACGCGCAAGCACGCAGCGGCGAGGAGCACCAUGAACCGUGGCGGUACUUCCACAACGGACCGCGCCGCCGCGCGUCAUCAGCAGCAUCAUAGUCUUCCGGCGCGGCGCGGCGAGGAGCACCACGAGCCGCCAGCGACGGCGACGAAGCCGGCGCGGCGGCGCGUGGUGAUCUCAGCGGCGGAGGUGCGGCGGCUGAACGCGCAGGCGGGGCAGCUGCGGGAGGUGCUGGGGAAGAGCAAGGCGGUGAGCGAGGAGAUGAUCACCAUCCUCAACACCUUCGACGCGCGCCUCACUAAUCUGGAAACCGCCAUGCGACCAAUUCAGGCGCGCACACUGGCGUUCCGCAAGGCGCAUGCUAACAUUGACGCCACCAUCAGAGCCGUGGAGACGGUGCUCGACAAGUUCGACAUCCCGCAGCAGGUGGAGCAGCGCAUCAAGGACGGGCCGCGGCGGGACUUGGAAGCGUACCUGGCAGCAGUGGACAUGUUACAGGAGGCCCUUCUCUUCUUUGACUCGCACCGCAACUACAAGUCGUCGGAGGGCGCUGCCCUGCAGGCCAGGGGGCUCAUGAAGGAGGCCAUGGGCAUGCUGGAGGCGGACUUCCGACAGCUGCUUGCGAAUAACAGCAAGCCCAUGGACGUGGCGAAGAUCAUCGAGGCCAUGCCUGAGCUCGGAAUCGACCUGGCCGGGCUGCCCCCUCCUGCUCAGACGCCCGAGAACCUCAUUCCGGGCAUCGGGCCCAGCAAGGGCGGCAAGGGGCCGCCCGUGCUGCUGCUGCCCACGCUGAUAGAGCGGCUGAAUGCAGUGGCCAGGCGGAUGAUCCAGAAUGGAGCUGCAUCUGUGUGCACGCGCGUGUACAGGGAGGUGCGCGGCAAUGUGUUGGAGCAGUCGCUGAAGCGGCUGGGCGUGGAGAUGGUGACGCGGGACGACGUGCUGCGCAUGCAGUGGGAGGAGCUGGAGACGAAGAUCGGCAACUGGAUCCAGUUCAUCAAGAUCUGCAUGAUGCUAGUCUUCCCUCUAGAGCGCGAGCUGUGCUACCAGGUGUUUGCCGGCCUGGACCCGCACCGGGAGAUCUCCUACGCGGAGAUGGGCGACCGGGGCCUCUCCCUGCUGCUGUCGUUCGGGGAGGCCAUUGCGUCGAGCCAGAAGUCCCCCGAGAAGCUCUUCGUGCUGCUCGACAUGUACGAGACCAUCCGCGACUCCAUGCCCAUGGUGACUGACGCCUUCCCCGGCAACGCCUGCAUUCCGUGUAGGGAGUACCUCCGUUCCCUGCAAAGAAGCCUGGCAGAGAUCAGCCGCGACACGUUCAGCGAGUUUGAGGAUGCGGUGGAGAAGGACAGCACUCGCACGCCUGUUGCUGAUGGCACCGUGCACCCAUUGACCAGCUAUGUCAUCAACUACGUCAAGUUCCUCUUCGACUAUGAGGGCACAUUGCGGCAGUUGUUCGAGGAGGCGGAGAAGGAGAGGGGCGAGAAGGACUGGCAGGGCGGGGACCCAUCGGCGCGGCAGAAGCCGCGGCUGGAGGUGGCGACGCUGCGCAUUCUGACGGUGCUGGAGAACAACCUGGAGGCCAAGGCGAAGCUGUACAAGGACAUGGCGCUCACUCAGCUCUUCCUCAUGAACAACAAGCACUACAUCGUGCGCUCCAUCAGGAAAUCCGACCAGGCGCGGCAGCUGGUGGGCGAGGAGUGGAUCCAGCGGCAUCGCAAGAUAGUGCAGCAGCACCAGGCCAUGUACCAGAAGCUGGCGUGGAGCAAGGUGCUGGGAGUGCUGAGCCCGCAGGGAGAGGUGAUCAACAAGAACGCGCUCAAGGAGAAGCUGAAGGUCUUCAACGCAGCGUUUGAGGAGCAAUACAACAAGCAGCUCACGUGGACCAUCCCGGAUGCAGAGCUGCAGAAGGUGGUGCGGCAGGCAGUCAUCGACCAGAUCCUGCCGGCCUACCGGGACAUGCUGCGGCGCUACGGCCCGGUGGUGGAUUCCCUGAAGAAUCUCUCCAAGCACGUCAAGUACCAGCCGGAGGACAUCGAGCGGCUCGUGCGGCAGCUGUUUGAAGGGCGCCAGGUGGUGGCUGAGGCCAGCAAGGGGAAGGCUUCACUUCUGAAAUAGAGACGUGCCGUUUCAAAUAACCACCGCUUGUGCAGGGGUGAGCUGACAGACUGCUGUGUUCUUUUGUGAAUAGUGAGGGUCUGAGGAGUUGAUUUUUCUUGGAUUAUCGCAUCGCUUUGCGCAUCAGGAAGUCUGCUUUGGGCGUGGCAUUUUUUCAGGCUCGUUUCGCUUCGUUAUGAUGAGGCGACGUACUUCAGCACUACAUAACCUCCCAAAAAAAAUAUCAUUAAGGAAGAUUUCAAUAAAAUGGC